GACGAGCGCCCGCAGCAGACCAGCUCGCCGAGGAGGGUUUUGCCCGCCUUCUGGCUGCCCGCCUGGGGGGGGCUCCCCCCCUCCCGCAGCGGUCCGCAGAGGCUUUCUUCCCCAUGGCCGUGGCCGCGGCGAACAAGACGGUUGGGCCCGCGCGGCCCACGUCGCCUCAUGGCAGGAAGGAGGCCGGGGCCUCCCCGCCUCGUCCGAGGCAGGCCGGGAAGACUGGCGGUGCGCCAGGUGGCGGCACGGCUGCUGGAAGAGCUGUGGUCGCGGCGCUCGAGGCGGAGAGGCGGGCCGCGAGGGCCGACGGUGCGCCGGGCGGCGGCGCGGCGGGCAGAGCUGUGGUCGCCGCGCUCGCGGCGGGCGGUCAGUCCAGCUCGGGGAGCCCUCCGCCACGCCAGCCGCUGCCGGAUCGGUGGUCGCGCAUGGACGCGGACAUGGAGGCGGCCGUGGUGCCCGCGGGCCCCCCCGGGGGGCGGUCUGCCGCCACGCGGGCGCCCAGUGCCUCGGCCAAUGCGGGGGCGAACAGCCACGGCGCCGCGGCGGGGACUGUGCGCGACCGCGGCGUUUCCGAAGGUCCUCCCGGCAGCGCGGGCAGCCUCGCGGUGCCCACGGCACCCGAGCGCAGCAGGAGGCGAUCGCAGACCGACGUGCAGGGGGCGGUGCUCGAGGCAAUGCAGGCCCACCGCCUGGACCAGAUCGGGGCGAGCCAGAGAUCUCCGAGCCCCAAGGGAUCUCGGCCUGCCAGUCCCAAGCACCGCAUCGCCCGCAACGUGUUCCGCCACGAGCACCCGCCCGAGGGGCCCGUGGACACGAGAGCGCUGGCGCGCGGGUGGGCGGCGCGACGGCAACAGGCGCAGCAGAAUCAGCAGCGCGCUGUGGAGGAGGCGGAGGAAGCAGCGCGCCGCGCGCAUGAGGAGGUGGAGCAGGAGAAGCGCAGGACCCGCGAGGAGGCUGAUCGCAGGGCCCGCGAGGAGGCGGAGGAGGAGUCGCGGCGCCGGGCGUUCGACGAGGCGGCGCAGGCAGCGUUGGACUUGGAGCGGGAGGAGGCCGCGCGCCGCGCGGCCGACGCCGAGCGCAGGGCCCAGGAGGACGAGCGCCGCCGCCUGCUGGAGGAGGUGGAGCAGAAGGUGCGCGAGGAGGAGCGGUGCCGGGCCGAGGCGGAGGCGGAGAGACGGGCCCGAGAGGAGUGCGAGAGGAGGGCCCGGGAGGAGGAGGAGCGGCGCCAGGCGUGGGAGGAAGAGGCGGAGAGACGGGCCCGCGAGGAGUCGGAGAGGAGGGCCCGGGAGGAGGAGGAGCGGCGCCAGGCGUGGGAGGAGGAGGCGAAGAGACGGGCCCGAGAGGAGUCCGAGAGGAGGGCCUGGGAGGAGGCCGAGCGGCGCAAGGCAUGGGAGGAGGAGGCGGAGCGGAAGGUCCGCGAGGAGGAGCGGCUCUGGGCCCGAGAGGAGGCCGAGCAGGUGAUCCGAGCAGAGGAGCAGCGGCGCCGCGUGCGGGACGAGGCGGCGCAGGAGGAGGCCGAGAGGAGGCGCGCCGCGGAGGAGGCCGAGCGGCGCCGGGCGUGGGAGGAGGCGGAGCGCGGGGCCCGCGAGGAGGCGGAGCGCCGGGCCCGGGAGGAGGCGGGGCAGGCGGCGCGGCGGGAGGAGGAGCGGUGCCGGGCGCGCGGGGAGGCGGAGGUGCGGGCGUGGGAGGACCAGCAGCGGCGGCGCUGCGCGGAGGGGGAGGAGGCCGAGGAGGCGCGGAGGCGCGGCGCGGAGGAGGCGGAGGAGGUGCGCGGGCGGCAGCUGGAGCUGGCGGCCGAGGCGGCGCGGCGGGCCCGGGAGGAGGCGGAGCUGCGGGUGCGCUUGGCCGAGGGCGACGCGGAGCGCAGGGCCCGGGAGGAGGUGGCGCUCGCCGUGGCGGAGGGCCAGCGCCUCGUGCAGCUGGCGGAGCGGCGGGCGGAGGCGGCGGAGCGGGCGCAGGGCGCGUCGGAGGAGCGCGUGGCCCGCGUGGUGGAGGACGGCGCCCUGCUCGUCCGGCUGGCGGAGCAGCGGGCCCGGGACACCGAGGAGCGCGCCCGCGAGGAGGCCCUGGCCGCAGCGCAGCGGCCGGUCCUGUGGGCCGUGGCUGUGCAGGCGGGGUCGGGCGACCUAGCAGCGACCCUGGCCGCCGAUGACGGGGCCCGCGAGGGGGCCGCGGCUGCGGCGCAGCGGCCGCCCUCGCGAGCCGCGGCGGUGCAGGCGGGGCCGGGCGACCUGGCAGCUGCCCCGGCGCCCGCGGGCGCGGCGUCCCCGGGGGCCUCGGGGCCCGGCGCCUUCGACCUGGCCAGGUGGUUCGCCGGCCAGCGGCCCGAGGGCGACGCCGCGAGGGGCGCGGGGGCGAUCGCUGGGCAGGGCGCUGCUUGCGUGUGGAUGGCGCGCCGGAGGACGCGGAGUCUCCGACACCCGCGGAAGCGUUUGAGCUGGCCAAGUGGUUCGCCAGCCAGCAGCCUGAGGCCAGAGCUCUGCGCAGUGCGGCCGCCGAGGGCACUGCCCAGGGCGCCCUCGAGGACGUGCGGCAGUGCAUCUUCCCGGCGGGGGGCUCGUGCAGCGAGCGCACGGACAACGGAAUGUCGACCUUUCAGCUUUGCAGCUCUCCAGGCUCCCCGCGCGGUCGCCCGGAUCUCCUCCAGGCGAUCUUCCGAGUCCUGGGGCCCGAGGACGCCAGCGGCCGCCACAGGCUGCGGAGGUGUGCCGAACUGUGCGGCUUCGACGGCUGCGAGGAGGAGUGGGCCGACGAGUACUCGGCGGUCUGCCUGGAGUACGGCUGGGCGCCGGCCGACGGACUCGACAGCGCAGAGCUGCUGGCCGAGCUCCUUGACGACAUGGCGAGGGAGAGCCCCCAGGGCCACGGCGGGCGCGUCGAAGACCGUGAACUCCGCGCCCUGCUCGCGGCCGCCGCCGCUGGCGGCGGGGGGCCGCCGAGGAGUCAGCGCGUGCGUCAUGAAUGGCACUUUUGUGCUGCAGUACAACCCGAUGUCGGCCGCAUCGCACGACAGGCUUCUCGACAUCUCUGCUGUCACUACCAAGUUCGAUUUUGUGUGCUUGACUGGGACGGAUGCUCGGAAGUAUGGGAAGCAAGGGUCGCGCGGCAGCUUCAGCUCAUACGGCAUCGCGAGCAUCGCGACCACAUCCCUGUGCGUGCUAGAUUUGAAUAUUCUUUGCAGGCCACUGCAGGUCUUCGAGGCGCGCAGCCCGGCCUACAAGCAUGUUAAGACAUCGUUCCGCACAGAACUGGCGGCCAAGAGCCCGUGCAAGUCGCAGCUCGAGAAGGUCAAGAAGGACACCCGCAAGACCAUAGAGACCACGCAGCUAGGCAGCUCAGCUCGGCUGACCAGGCCACGCAUCGCCAACUCGCGCGACGUAGCCGACCUGAUCGGCGCCUCGUUCAGCUGUUUUCUGCUUCCCGCUGCACACUUCAUCGCGAUAGCGCCGCAAGAGGCGGGCAAGCUCUACUCCAGCACGUGCAAGGAGAAGAGCAAGGUGCUGCAGGAUCAGGUGAGGCACUGCCGCAUGAGGCCCACGCACUACAAUCGCAAGAAGAAGGAGAAGCCCACCACGUUCAAACUCCAGUUCGUGCUCUCUGUGGAGGCCCAGGCGGGCAUGGUCACCUGGAACGGGCAGCAGGUCGGCAGCGCGCGCAAAGCCAUGUGCCAGAGCCUGGUCGCGCACGGGGGCCAGCGCAAGCCUGGGCCCCCCCCAAAGGGGGGGCUCGAGCGCAAAGCGGAGCGCCUCCUCGGGAAGCUCGGCAUGCAGAAGGGCCAGGACGAGCAGCUCCGCGGGCACGAGAAGCCCGCCCCUUGGUGCUCCAAGUUCAAGCUCAUGGAAGCAGAGCUCGCGAAGUUGCGGAGUCUCGUCGGCAAGAGUGGCCCCACACCAUGGACUCGGUCGGAAGGCGACCAGCACCAGGUCACGGAAGAGAAGAACGAGAAGGACCCCAGCUUCGCCAAGAGGACGGCCCUGCAGGAGAAGAUCAACUAUCACGAGCGCGCCCUCAAGGAAGCUGUCAAAUAUGAAGAGCAGGAUGGCGCGGCACACGCGUACCACAAGGCAGAGAUUGACAAGCUCAGGGAGCAGAUCCGCGACCUGCGGCCCCCAGCAACGGCGCGCAAGCUGGCGUCGCAGAAGCUGGAGCGCAGCAGAACGCAGCUCGACAAGCCCACGAAGGAUCACGAGGAGAUGCUGCUGCAGCUUCAACGACUGCAGGAGAAGAUUUCGGAAAAGUCGUCAUCGAUCGGGGCGAAGAAAGUCGAGGUUGAGCAGUUCAAAGCGGAGGCAGAGCGUCAUCAGCGGCAAGUUCAAGUUGCCCGAGGCGAAGCUUCCGAUGAAGCUGGUCCGAUCAACCCCGAGGAUAUCAUGGUGCUCGACGUCAACCUCACGGACUUCCAGGAGGAUCCAGGACUGCUGCAGUUCUAUCACCAGUGCCGUGCUGACGCCAAUUUCCAGAAGCUGCAAAAGCUGGCGCAGAGGAAGCUGGAGGUGUCCAUCCCCAAGUCGCCUGCGUCAAGUAAUGGAACGCAAGUUCCUGUUGGCCCUGAUUCUGACGACGGCCUUGAUGGGUCAAGUAGCGGAGGCGAAGGCAACACCAAUGGCGAGAACGGCGAGUCCUCCAAGCGGGCCAACGGCAUCCAGUGGACCACGGAGGACGUCGAAGCUCUUCAUACCAAGCUAUGCAAGGGAGAACAAGGCAACGACAUCUCCAUGGACCAGCUAUCCGACAUGUUCACCACGAAGACCUCGAGCAGCCUGGACGGCAUCCACCCGUCGCACUUUCAGCACCUGAGCGAUGAGUCUCUGGAGGGCCUCUGCGACAUCUUCCAGGCGGUGGAGGCGAUCGGAGUUUUUCCCAUUCAACUGACGUGGAUGGUGAUGCCGAUGUUGCCCAAAGCUGCUGGAGGACACAGGUUGAUCAUUCUGUACUCGGCGGCUUACAGAGUAUGGCAAAAGAUGAGAAGACCUGGGCUCGACAUGAUCCAGCAGAGAUUGAACCGCAAUUACUGGGGAGCGGCAUCGGGGAGAAGCGCAGUUGACAGUGCGUGGAUCCUUGCAGCGGACAACGAGCAGAAUGUAUGUCAGAACAGGUUCGUGGUCACGAUUGUCGCAGACUAUAGCAAGCAUUACGAGACGAUCGGAUUGGACCAGGCGCGCGACAAAUUGAUGCGCCUAGGCAUGCCAGUCCCAAUGGCCAAGGUGGUAUACAAUCAAUGGAAGGGGCCAAGGAUCAUACGACUGCGACUCCACCACGGAGGAGCACCAAGGCAUGCGAACGCAGGGCUUCCAGCAGGCGAUGCGUAUGCAGACGUGGUGAUAAAGGCUCACGCCGUCGAACAGUACGACAUGUACACGACUUUGCAUCCGCUGGUGCGUUUCGCUUCCUACAUUGAUGACACAGCGCUUGGCGUCAACAGCAGUUGCAAGCAGAGGGUGAUUGACCAGGCGGUGGAUGCUACCAAAGGCUUCUUCAAGGUUGCACGGGCACUAGGGGCCAGCAUCAACGAGAAGCUUGCCAUCAUUGCGAGCACCAAAGCUAUAAGUGAUGAAGUCAGUCGCCGACUUCAACUUGAUUUGAAGAUCAGCUUGGAGAGUACGGCGUAUCUGGGCACUGACGUUUCUGGAGGCAGGGCUCGGAAUGUCAAAGGUACGCGCGGGAAGUUUCGGGCAAGACAGAAUGCGUAUGGCAGAAGGCUGAGGAAGCUACGGAAGUCCAAGAAGGUGCUCGUUGGCAAAAAGACGGAGAGAAUUGGGAAGAUAUACCGCGUUGGUGCGAGGCCUGCAUACACGUUCGGGGUGGAGGUCAACGGGGUUAACGACGUGGAGCUACUGCAGUUAAGGCGGGAGUACAACAAGCACGUUAAGCCCAACCACGGCGGCACCUCCGCGAGCGCGAAGCUGGUGCUGCUAGGCCUGAUACCGCAGCUGUUCCAUUUGAAUUGCUGGAAGCUUGGUGGAGAAGGGCAGUUACCGAACCUGGAGAAGUCAAGCAGUGGAGUAAAACACGUGGUCCCCUUCAGCGUGCAGCAUUCUCAGUACAACGAGCUGGGUGGCAAACGCGUACAGGGUGCCUCUGGAUCAACCAUCGAGGCGAUGAGGAAGUUCAACAAAUACCAGAAAUUCUGUAUCAUGAACUGCGCUUGUGAUGGAGUAUGGACACGUCAAAAAGCGAAGGAGAAAGGAUACCUAACGGACGGCAAGUGCGAGUGUGGGGACGAGGACACGCUGGUGCAUAGGCUGGCGGAGUGCACUCGUCCAGAAGUCGUGGAAGCACGACAUGAAGCUGGAAUCCCCGAGUCGUUCCUUCAGGAGCUACGCCAAGCGCCAGAUGAUCGUGUCGUCACCCAAGGGGCUUUCGCAUAUCCUGAGUGGGAAACCCCUGAAAUGCAACUAGGCACUGGCAGCGUGAUUCUCGACGGUGAUGGCAACGAUUUCGAUUGCACGCCCGAGACCAUGGCUGCGACAGUGCUGGCUGAGACGGAUUUGGAGAUGGAGCUUUCUUUCGACGGGAGCUGCACGAAGCCAGAUAUCCUGAAGCUACAACGUGCUGGAUGGGCUAUCGCGUUAAUGGAUCCACAUUCGGACAAAGUACUAUGUACGAUGCACGCACCAGUGCCAGCUUCGCUUCCGCAAUCCUCGGCGAUGGCAGAGUAUUUAGCCUACGCGUACACAGGACAGGUGGCAGACCGACCUACCAACGGAUACGCGGACUUCAUGGGCACGGUCAGACUGGCGGCUCUCACGCACGAGCAGCAGUUACGGUCCAAGUCGGCAUACGCGUGCGUGGCCAUGUUUGCUCAGAGCCUUCCUGGAUUCCAUUUCCUCCGCAGUGUGACGCACGUGAAGGCACACCGUUCGGGAGCGGAGUAUGCUGGCCUGGAUGUGGCCACAAGGAGGAUCACAGAUGCCAAUGUUUAUGCGGACGUUCGAGCCAAAGCUGGUGCGGCGAUGCAUGCAACCAUCAGCGAGGAUUUCGCGAUGGCUAUCGACACGGCCACUGUGAGGAUCAAACAUUUCGCGCAGUUGGUAGCGGCCGUGCUACCCUUGUUUGAUCGUGAUGGGCAAGAGCGAUGGACAAGGAGAGCUGCCCAAGUCAAGAGGGUAAGGAGUACGCGCGCCGAUGGAUGGCACCAGCGGGAGGAAGGAAGUUUCGGUCUUCAAUGCAAGGCGUGCUUGAAGCUCAACAGCCCAGGGAUGGAAGUUAUGCUCAAUGGCUGCGCUGGCACCCCUACCUUCCUCAAGGCUUUCCUCAACCAACCACUCGGACAUCACCUCGUGGCGGUGAACCAGAAGGGUGACGGGCUCAGCGACGACGCGGUGCCCACGGUCUUUGUCUGCGUAGGCUGCGGUGCAUGGGCACAACAACGUCGACGGCAGAAACUCCGAAGGCAGUGCAAGCCACCAACCAGACAAGGCAUAGAAGUUCUGACGAAUCUACGGCGGGGCUUAGGCCCACACAAGACGCUGGCGAGGCACAUGGACUUGACGAUCCCCCUGUGCAAGCUCAUGGCCAUGACCCUGCCCCCGAUAGUCUCGAAGACCUGUGUCAGCCGACCUGUGGCGUUGGCGGAGGUCACGGGGUACGAGCACAAGAUGGCAGCAAUGAUGGAAAGAAUAAAGGCAAAGGAAAAGGCAAAGCGCGAGCAGGACGAUGACAACAACACGAUACUCGCGCGCCUGAGGCACAUCAGUGUCGCCAAGUCAAUGGAAUGCCCCCCGUGGUACAACAGCAUGGCGAUCACCUACCCGCAGUCGCUGAAGACGGAGUCGGUGAUGAUGACGGCGCACGCUGCAGCCAAGACGGAAAGGAGGCAGGAGCAGGGCCUCAUCCGAGCAGCGAAGGUGGAAAGGAGGCAGGAGCAGGGCCUCAACCACAUGACGGAGACGUCGGUCUCGCCAGGGACCGCGUCGGAAAGGGGGCAGGAGCAGGGCCCCAGCCGAGCGGUCGCGGCGGAAAGGAGGCAGGAGCAGGGCCUCAACCGAAUGAUGGAGGUGCGCAGCAGAGAGGACGAGCAAGGAAGCGGCUGCGGUGGCAAGCACUACGAGGAGUUCUUCGAGAAGAAGAGCCGAGCCAAUAGGCAUGGCGGCGCCCAGCCAGGGGCAACGUGGUCGGAGAGCUGCGUCUGA